AUGUCUAAAGAAAAACGCCACGGUCCAAUUUACGGGAGUUUAAUUAUAUACGAAAGCGUUCUCAAUUUCGAUGUCGUGUGCAAGAGUUCAUCCAAAACAAGGUCUCAACAGAAUCUAGAUAAUAAACGCGAAACUUGCGAAUAUGCUAAACGACAUCCGAAAGCGAAGCAUG